AUGAAUUUCUCAUAUGUCGAGUUUCCCUUUACUGUCGAUUCGAACACCUUUAAACCUUACUUCAGCUUAAACAAUGUGAUACUGCCACGAUUGGCUAACAAAUCCCUGCUUGCCAGCGAUGGCCAGCGCACAACCGAUAACGAAGGCAGGCAACAGCAGCAGCCAAAUCAACCGGAAUCACUGCGUCAUUUGGCGCUCGAUGCCAUCAUUGCCAAUUGGAAUGACAAUCCCAUCUUCGAGGCGUUAACGCGGCAAGAAGAUCGCAACUAUCUACUCGCCCACCUGGACACACAAUUGCCGCUCAAGUUGCUCAGCGAACGCAUACGUGACAAUUUCUUUUGGCGCCGCUGUUGCCAGCAACGCUGGAAGCCUCAUCACCAUACAAAUCGCCUGUCACAGUCGCAGUCAUGGAUUAGUAUCUACAUGCAACGACAUCUGCAGGAGUUCAUCGAAUGCGUGGAGACGUGCGAUUACGAGCAAGAGCAGGCGCAGGCGGUAUUGGACAUUUGUUCGCCAUAUGUAAAUCAACUAGAGAUAAAGUAUUUGCAACCGGCCGCCGAUGGGCGCAAUGAUCACAUUCCACUCGAUUUCAUAUUGAGCCACUUGCCCGAGUUGCAAAUGCUACGCCUGACUUACGCCACCAAGACGGUGGGCAGUAACUUUUGCCUGGGCAGUAAUACACUCUCACAUAAGGACAUAUUCACGCUGUCACGCGGACUAAGUCAGUGCUAUGAGUUGCACACAUUCUGUCUUCAUAGCACCAAACUGGAGUCGUAUCAGCUGCCUUUUCUGGCGCGUGCUUUGGAUAAAGGUUGUCACAAGCUGACAUCGCUCGCUAUAAUUCACUGCGCGCUACGCGAUGCUGGGAUUAGAGAAUUUUUGAGUAUUUGCAAUAAGGAAUCAUUUACCACACUGGAGACGCUCGAUCUAACAGAUAAUAGAAUCACUUCCGAGGGUGCCUAUGUGCUCAGCCGCACCAUUAAAGGCCUUUCACUGCGUAAACUAAUACUACGCCUAAAUCCUAUUGAAAGUGAUGGCGUCGCUACUAUUUUUUCACUCUUACAAAAUUUGCCUAUCGAAACGCUCGACAUCAGCGGUUGUUCAAUUUGUGAAUCGAUAACAAAGCUAUUCAUGCAAUUAAUUAUACAAAAUAAAUCAUUAGUAAGCAUUGAUAUUUCAAAUAACGAAUUGGGCGAGGAAUUCGGCAAGCAGCUCUACAAAAUCAUUGGUUUCAAUAAAGUUCUACAGCAUUUGGACUUACGGAAUACCGGGCUGAGCUUGGAGCUGCGUAAUAAAAUAAAAGAAAUUUUGAAAAAUAAUAGGCCUAAACCAAAAUCAUAUCUGAAGGAAAUAUUUAAGAAACAAGGCAUAUAA